AUGCCCAAAAAGAAGGACAAGAAACAAGAUGAAGACAAGAAAACAAAGAAAAAAGAAAGUGUUACAGAUAAACCCGCCCCUGACGACAGUGAGAAAGAUUUAUACCGGACUCAAAUCCGAUAUUUGAACCAGCAAUUGGAGAGAUAUCAGCUGAAAUGUGAUGAACUGGAGAAGCAGAGGAAGGACUUCGACGCUCAGUACAGCACACUGGAGAAAGAGAAGAAGGACAUUGUACAGUAUCUGAAACGCGCCCUGCUGGAGAAGGAGGACGAGGUGGACGAGCUGUCGGAGCGCCUGCAGAGUCAGCAGCAGGCUGCUGAGAAGGACAGAGACGCCCUGCAGCUGCAGCACAGUCAGCAGAGGCAGGAGCUUCAAGACCGUAAUGAUGAACUCGCAGCGGUGAAUGUGACACUGGUGGCGAGGCUGGCUGAUCUGGAGGAGUUUCAGAAGCAGAAGGAGCAGCUUAUGUCCAACAUGGAGUUUCUGGAGAAACAGUUGUCCAGUCAGGAGGAGAAGCACAAAGCAACCAUCCAUAGCUUGGAGAUGAAGGCACUGCUGGAAAAGAAGAGGUUGGAGAAAGAGAUGGAGAGCCAUGUGGCGGCCAUGGCGGCAGAGGUGCAGCACCUGGUGGACCAGAAGGUCCCAGAGACGACCAGGUUGACUGUUCAGGAGAACAACGAGGUGAAGACCCGAUUCAGCCAGCUGUCUGAGCAGGCUCAGGUGCUGGUGGAGGAGAACACAGCCCUGAGAGUGAAGAAGAGUCAACUCAGCGUGGACGUCGACAUCCUGGAGCAAACGCUCAGCGGGAUUACUCGUGAGAGCUGCAUCCGUAAGAAGGUGGGGGAGCAGCUGACAGAGAAGUGUCAGCAGCUGCAGGUGAAGCUAAACGACAGCAGGCAGGAAGUCGAGCAGCUUCAGACUGAACACAAAGGAUUCCUGGCAGAGCUGGAGGCUCUCAGACUGGACCGAGCUGCAGCAUCUGAGCAGUGCAAUGAAAGCAGAGCUGAGGUCAGUCAGCUGGAGGCUGAGCUGCUGGAAGAGAGGAGGAGGAGGAUCAGGACGAAGAGCAACAUGCAAGAAGCUGCUGUUACUCUCAGACAAGUCCUGAUGGAAGCGCACGCAGAGCAGGACCCCGAGGUGGACUCUGUCGUCCAGUGGAGGCAGCUGAUGCAGAAGCUCCUGGUGGUCCUGGACAGACCCGCACCGCUGAGGAAUGACUCCUCCCUCACCGGCUCCACUGCUGAGAGCGAGCAAGUGAACGAGUUGCAGGCCUCUGACCCUGCAGCAGCAGCCAGAAACAGAGCAGAAGGAACCAUCAAUCCAGCUUUGAGUUUCCAGCUCCAGCUCGGCCUCGCUCCCCGUCCCGCACUGAAACACAAACAUGUACUAACAGGAACAGAAGCUGGACCCAGCAGCACCCACCUGCCUCUGCAGAGGAAACCCGCCGGUCAGAAGAUGACCAGAUCCGCUAACCUGACUCAGACCGAUUCAUCUGUGAAAUUCUUGACCUCCAAAAACUCCUUCGCCAAACUCAAAUCACAGUGA